UAUCAUAACAGGCCGGAUUGUAAAUCGAUGGAGGGAGAAAGAUGUUCAGAAAAUCAGACAAAUAUUUUGAAUAAUCAGAAAUUGACGUGACUCUUGUACACCAAAUUUAGUUGUUUUGUAAGGAAAGAAUCAUUUUGGAAAAGAUUUGAGUCACUGCUGCAACAAACCUAGACAUCAAGAUGAAUUGUUACCAAAAGUUCUACACCAACCAGAUCCAUUCCAGCUCUUUGCUUUGCCAGUUGGCAACUAUGUGGAAGAGCCAGGUACUCUGUGAUGCAAUCAUCAGAACUGGACCAGUUAUUACAAGGGCUCACAGAGUUGUUUUAGUUGCUGCUUGCCCUAUGUUACAGUCUAUGGACAAUGCAUCCAUGGGUUCACACCUUGAAGUUCGCUUAGCAGCUGAAAUAAAACAAGAUUCCAUAAAUACGUUCCUACAGUACCUGUAUGAAGGCUUCAUGAUGCUAACAGAAGAAAACUGCAGAGAUGUGGAGAAAAUAGCUCGUCUGUUGCAAGUGGACAGUGUAAUCAAAUGUUGUGCUGACUUCCAAAAAUGUCUAAAUGCUGCAACUGGUGCACCAGUAUCAAAGGAUACCCAAUACAAGUACACAUCCUAUGACAUGCUUGAAUUUCGUCAUGUCAGGUCAUCAGAUUUACAGAAGAGCAUAAACAUGAAGAGAAUGUCCAGCUUCACCGGCCCUUCAAGUCCAGGCAGCAAGAGGCAAAGAAUGGGUAGACCUUCUAGUCCACAUAUUGAUUCACAUUCCUCUAGUCACAGAGCAGAUGACACAUUAUCCAUGGCCCACAGUUAUCGUAAUAGCCAGCCAGACCCUUGGGAUAGAGUGCCUAGAUUAGGAGCAGGGACAAGGCCUGCUGCACAACCAGGGGUCAUUGAUAUAGUUGAGGAUUGCCUUGAAAUCAUUCAAACAGAAGAACCAGAGAAAGAUGCUAGAGGCAUGAUCAAACCAGAUUCUCGACCCAAACAAAAGUCUGUCUCCAUUGGGGUAUCCAGCCAGAUGAAUGCUAACACUGAUGUUCAUGUUGUCAACAUAUCAGACCCUGGUGGUUCAGUGGGACCACCAAAACAGGUCACCGCAAAUGGUUCUCGGGGCUCCAUUACAGUAAACCCUCUUACCAUGUUCAGUGAACCUCCUCCUUCACAGGGUCCUGCCAGGGCUCCAGACUGUUCCAAUGAUGUCCAAGUACCAAAUUCAGUACCAGUUUCAGAAACAGCAAGGAAAGAAAACUUUGUACAUGCUUUGACACCUCAACCACCUCAACAACCUGUGUUUCCAACUAUGACUCCAAUCUCCAGGACAACAAAUAAACCAUUCGCUGCAGGGAGUGCCACCCAGGUUUCCACAGCAGAGAGUGGAGCCAAAAACCCAGCCGAAAAUGAUGGCGAGGAAUCACAGGAUCAAGGAAACAGAAUUGAGUUAUCAGAAGAGUUGUCUCCCAGCUCCUCUGCUGACAAGCCCCCUGAUAUCAGUAUAGUUAAAGUGGAAUCUGCAGAAGGACACACUGGUGGACUCGAUAUGUUUGUGGACAUGCCAGAAGAAGCUAUGAUGCGAAUGAAAGCUGGAAUGGAUGACAGCAUGGAAAAUGAAGAUGAAAGUGACCCCGAGCAUGACCAGUCCCAGGAUCUACAGCGUGACGACAUGUCCAACGAGGCCAGCAAUGUCAGCGGCGAUCAGAACAACUCAUGGUACAUAGGACAGUUUAAGGAAUGGCUUUUGCAUAAUGGCUACAAUGCAGACUUCGAAAUGAUUGAUGCGUCCAAGUUAAAUCUCAUCCUCUGUCAAUACUACGAGGACACCGUGUCCAUUACCUGCACUCCUUUAGAAAUCUUUCCAUCGCUACUAACGCUCCAUCUUAGCUCUGCCCCUUAUUACCGCAACAUUGACGUGGAAAAUGACCCCGAGUUCAGGUCCUCCAAUAGCAUGUUAAGGAAGACCCCUGUUUAUCUGGAUGACGCCGAAAGGGGAGAGGUGGUUAACCAAAACAUAUCGAUAUCUUUUGCGGAUUUGAGGAAAGUGUAUGCGUCGCCGGUGCUGGGGCUGAACGAUCGACAUACCCUACAGAACAAAGUAUGGCUCGAUAUCAAUCUUUAUUUCGGAGGGUUUACUCGCCAGUUGUUGCGUAACAUGUCGAAGAAAACGUUUCAUUGUUGUACAGACCUUAACAAUGGGAGAAAAUACUACAAAAUACAAGAUCCCAAAGUUGCACUGCAGUUAACAGCCAGAAUGUAUGAACAGCCUGGGAGUCCUUAUUGUCCCGUCUAUUCGUUCGAGCUAUAUUUAUCAAAACUUAAUACAGAUUCAACGGUCUUCUUUCAGCAGCCAAUGGGAUAUGAAGAAUUUCAAAAAACAGGAUUAUGGUAUUCUACCAGUCCGAUAGGUAAAAACAAUCAGAGUCGAAAGCUUACUAACAUAUGCCAGAGUGUUGGCAUAAAAUUAAACUUUAGGAACACGUCCAUACGCCACUUGUGUCGCAUUGUUCGGGAGAAAAACCCCGAAUACACUCCACUGUACAGUGAUCGACUCUUCCGAAUUUUAACUUCUAAUGAAAUGGAGUCUGAAAGUUUAACAGGAGAAGACAUGAUGUAUUAAUGUCUGCAUAUUUUGAAGAAAAGAAAACAACAAACAAAAACGUAACCUAAAACAUUUUACCGAAUUGUUGUUGAACAUACAGCGUUUUAGUACGUGGACUGCCAAUACAAGGUUUGUCGUAGAAGCCUUACGUUUGAUGACAGAAUGGUAUUUUUAAAAGUUCUUGUUAUUUUUUUCCAAAUAAUAAUUUAAUAAUUUUCUUCUUCCAAAUAUGAGGGGAAGAAGUUUUAAAAAGGGUCGGUUGUUGACAUACAAUUUGAACCUCCCGGAAAGGAAGAACUAAGUACGAAAGUACCUUAAAUGAGUUUAUUCAAAAUAACGAUCUUAAGAGUAAUGCAUGUGUGUUUGUAGCUUUUUAUUAAAUUAAAGCUUUUGAAACUUGGA